AUGUCUACAUCAGACGACACAACAUGGUCUUUCUCGCGGACAUUCACCUCUCAAUUCCAAGCCUCUCGUUACGCCUUGGAAUCUCGCAUCGCAGCUGCAAGCUCAAAACUCAGUCCCUCCCCAGAACCCAUCCAAGAACUUUCAAUCUCACUCGCGAAUUUGACGAAGACGCUCGCUGGUGCGACGGGCUCGUUGCCGAGUUAUGAUCAGAAGCAAUACGAACUCCAACUGAAGGAACUGGAGCGCUCCAUUGAGGCGUUACGAGUAUCUAACGUGCCGAAGAGUAAAUUCGCGUUCAAGCGCAGACCUGCUGCUUCCACGAAUGCCGAAAGUCCAACUUCCGAAUCAAGUUCAACAGCAAUCCCUCCUCCUUUGCAGACGAAAAACGCACCACCAUCACUACCCGCAGCAUCAACGCAUCUAUCGCUCUCUUCCCACUCACACCGCUACCUGACCCGCGAAGACCUACCAAGCCAUCCAGCGCAAUCCGACCUGUCCAUCUCGGAUCUAGAUCAUUGCAUCGUCAACUUACUUCCAUCGGCGUCUUCCAGUGGUAGUGGUACCGACACCCCGCUAAUCAUAUCGGCACUUCACGCAAGGAACCUUUCCGAUUGUGUGCUCCUUCUUCCGGAUGUGGAUGGGAGUGCGUUGAUACAUGAUUUGGAAAGGUGUGUUGUGGUGCUUGGGUGUCAUCAGUUUAGGAUGCACGCCUCCAGCAAGGUCGACGUGUACCUCUCUAUCACGUCUAAUCCCAUCAUCGAGCAUUGCAAGGAGAUCCGGUUUUCCUCCUAUCCUGCGGCCCUUGCGCCGUCGUCAGUCUUGGAAAAGGACCCUGCCUCGUUCUCCGUUCAAGAUUUUUCUCAUAUCCGGGCGACUCCUUCGCCCAAUUAUGUGAUGAAAGAUGGGACUGAUACUGAUGUUUGUGAAUGGCCUCUCGCAACUGUCAGUGGAGAGGAACUUGAGCGGGCGAUUGUUAGGAUAGUACCCCAUCCAAGUGAUCAGCGCUAG